GUUGUAACCCGAGCUUGCGUAAGACGUCGGCAUCGAGGAAAAUAAUCAAGUCUGAAAGGUCAAAGAAGAAAAUUCAAAAACGAUGGCCGUUGAAAAUCUGACAGCUGUGCUUCAUGGCAUCAAUGACAUACGUCUGCUGCAACGAAUGACCCUGACAAUGACGGCAAUUCACACCUCCAGCCACGACCCUGAGCCUCUGACGUUACCACUGACACUGCAGUCCUAUUUUAUCGAUUAUAAAAGCCACCCAGUUAACAGAGACUUGCAACGUUUUAACCCAGUUCGCACAAAAGAAAACACACCAAUCGAAGAACCUAAUGAGGACGAAGUGCUGCUGGAAAUGGCCUGCGUGGGAAUUUGCGGUUCCGAUGUCCAUUAUCUUGUCCAUGGUCGAAUCGGUGACUUCAUUGUUGAUAAGCCAAUGAUCAUUGGUCACGAAGCAGCUGGAGUUGUCUGCAAACUUGGAAAGAACGUUAAAAAUUUGAAGGUUGGGGACCGUGUCGCUAUCGAACCUGGUGUACCUUGUAGGGUAUGUAAUUUUUGCAAGGAAGGAAGCUACAAUUUGUGCCCGGAUAUUAUUUUCUGUGCAACUCCACCAGUUCAUGGGAACCUUAGACGUUAUUACAAACACGCUGCUGAUUUUUGUUUCAAAUUACCUGCUAACGUUAGCCUCGAAGAGGGUGCUUUACUGGAGCCAUUGUCUGUUGGCGUUCAUGCCUGCAAACGGGCGCAUAUCGAUAUCGGAUCAAACGUCUUGAUUUUGGGUGCUGGACCUAUUGGCCUCGUAUCGUUACUUGUUGCUAAAGCUAUGGGAGCUUGUAAAGUGGUCAUUACCGAUUUACUACAAAGCAGAUUGGACGUAGCGAAGGAAUUAGGCGCGGAUGCGACUUUUUUGAUAGAAAAAGGAAUGUCCGAGGAAGAUAACAUUAAGAAAAUUCAUGAACUCUUUGGUGAGGCGCCUAACAGGACGAUAGACGCCAGUGGCGCCCAGGCGUCGAUUCGUUUGGCAAUUCUUGGAACAAAAUCAGGCGGAAUUGCUGUUCUCGUUGGAAUGGGUGCGCCUGAAAUUCAAGUACCACUUAUCAAUGCACUUGUAAGAGAAGUUGAUAUCAGGGGUGUAUUCCGUUACGUGAAUGACUAUGCCGAUGCAUUAAGUCUCGUAGCUACUGGAAAAGUGAACGUGAAGCCAUUGAUAACGCACAAUUACAAAAUUGAAGAGACACGUGAAGCUUUCGAAACUGCCAAAACCGGACGUGGUGGCGCUAUUAAAGUUAUGAUUCAUUGUAAAUAAUUUAAUUUAAAAAAUAAGACUUCCAUAUACUGUGACUUAGCACGAGAUUAAGUACACAGAUGCUUUAUAUAAAAACUUGUCAAAAAAUGUUGAAGAAAAAAUGUCCCACCGUGCGUUGUCUUUGUAAUCAAAUACAGUUCACAACGUAAGCUCAUUAAAUGAUCGGAUGAUGUAUCUAUUUUUAUAAAAUUAUAGUUAAAUUAAAUAUUUUAUUCUGCUACUUA